UUCAAAUGCACACGGUGUCAGAUAUGGGCUACUGAUAAAUCAGCCGUUAGAAGCUCGUGCACAUCGUUAUCUUCUUAUAUAGAAGCCGUUUAAGGACUCAGUGCAUCUUUCGUGGGCUUUUACUUUUUAUAAACAUUAUCUGACGAAACACAGAGCUGUCCAGCGCAACUGCGAUUCAUACAAGAGCGCAAGAAAUCUGCAGCGCCAAUAAUACGCGUGUCAAAAGAUGAUUCAUUAAGAGGACGUUGUAAGUUUACGUUGUGGAUUUGAGUUUAUUGCGUCGAUAAAAUGCAAAAAUAUACCGGAAUUCACAUUGGCAACGCAAACAGAAACAUAAUUACUGGAUUUUGAGACUUAAGUAUUCAGUGGAGGCAAUUGUGUAACUUUGAGGAGGGCUCUGCAGUGCACAUCGCUCACGAGAAAUGAUCAAAUAUCCAGACGAGAGGACGGAGUCAGAAGGAUGCUGUGAGGUGAUGCUGUAACACGUUAAACGCCAUUCAGCGGAGUCAGCGCGUUAUGUUAAAUCUAUGGACUGCGGUUGUGGAUGUAGGCAAGAUGUAAGUAGCAUCGGCCAGUAUAUGCGUUGAAAACGGCGGUAUAUCGCAUUUGGGUUUUUUUUAAGAGCUCGCCUCGAUCAAACGUAGAUUCGGGAGCCAGUACCUACACUACUAACUACUAACUCUGCUGGAUUUUACCCGAAGGGAAUAAUCGGACUAGACAGGCUGUUGAAAACCCAUGUGAUACAGACAUUUCCUUCCUGGAUGUGGAUACAAGGCUGCUUUAUGUUUUCAGCAAAACAUACCAACGUUGGUACAUUGAUCUCCUUAUUAUUUACAGAUUUUGUGUAAGAUUUUUUUUCCUUUAGCCCCCCUUUCCCUUUUUUGCACCUGCUUUGCUUUGUCAAAGCUCACCGACCGCUUUAGAGAGCGCCUGCCCUUACUUACAUCUCCUGAAAUCGUGCAUGGAUUCUACAUGAAGUGGGAUUUUGUGAGGGCUGCAGUAAUGCUCUCAUUUACUGGCAUCGCUUCACAUCUCACACUGAAAAUAGACUGCCUAUAAAUGUGUGGGAAGAGAAAAUCGGUGGGCGUUAAAUUAUGAAUGUUGAACAAGAUGACCUCUUACCAUCAGCGCCAGAUGUUGAGAGGUCCUAGAUGGAAAGGGGCUUGGUUUGACCCCUUGUUUCUCCUGCUUUUAGCCCUGCAGUUGCUUGUUGUUGCCGGCUUGGUGCGAGCCCAAACCUGUCCAUCUGUAUGUUCCUGCAGCAACCAGUUUAGUAAGGUCAUCUGUACACGCAGAGGGCUAAAGGAUGUACCUGAUGGCAUCUCCACCAACACACGCUAUCUAAACCUUCAGGACAAUCAGAUCCAGGUCAUCAAACUAGACAGCUUCAAGCAUCUACGACACCUAGAAAUUCUUCAGCUUAGCAGAAACCAUAUCCGCAACAUUGAGAUUGGCGCCUUCAAUGGGUUGACCAGCCUUAACACUCUGGAGCUUUUUGACAAUCGCCUCACAACCAUCCCAAAUGGCGCCUUUGAGUAUCUCUCAAAGCUAAAGGAGCUGUGGCUUAGGAAUAACCCUAUUGAGAGCAUACCGUCUGAUGCCUUCAGUCGCUUGCCCUCCCUUCGGAGGUUGGAUCUGGGGGAGCUGAAACGCCUCUCCUACGUUUCAAGUGGAGCAUUUCAGGGCUUGAGCAACCUGCGCUACCUGAAUCUGGGCAUGUGCAACCUCAAAGAGGUCCCUAACAUACAGCCCUUGAUUCGUCUGGACGAGCUGGAAAUGUCUGGGAAUCAGCUGACAGUAAUCCAACCCAGUUCUUUUAAGGGUCUCAUCCAUCUUCAGAAGCUUUGGAUGAUGCAUGCCCAAGUCCAAACUAUAGAGAGGAACUCCUUUGAUGACCUGCAGUCAUUAAGAGAGCUCAACUUGGCCCACAACAACCUUACCUUUAUGCCCCAUGAUAUCUUUACACCUUUGCGACACUUGCAGCGGGUACAUUUGCAUCAUAACCCUUGGAACUGUAACUGUGACAUCCUUUGGCUGAGCUGGUGGCUGAAAGAGACUGUACCGACCAACACCAGCUGUUGCGCCCGCUGCAAUUCCCCUCUCGGCCUCAAGGGGCGCUACAUCGGAGAGCUGGACCAGAGCUACUUUCAAUGCUAUGCGCCCGUUAUCGUCGAUCCCCCUGCUGACCUCAAUUUAACUGAAGGAAUGGCAGCAGAGCUCAAAUGUCGGACGAAUUCAGUGACCUCAGUCAGCUGGCUAACACCAAACGGCUCCGUCAUCACGCAUGGGACAGUCAAAAUGCGCAUCUCUGUCCAAAAUGACGGAUCGCUAAACUUCACCAACGUCACCGUCCAGGACACAGGAACCUACACUUGCAUUGUGAGCAACAUGCUGGGCAACGUUUCAGCCUCCGCUGUUCUCAAUGUGACGACUAUUGACAACAGUGGUUUCAGUUACUUUACUACGGUGACCGUAGAGACAAUAGAAACCCCAAACGAUGGGGACAGUAGGACACCAGUGCAGCCUUCUUUCGGCUGGGCUUCCUCCUCAACCACAAGGGGGACACCGAUUGCCACAGAGAGAGCAUUCACCAUUCCUGUGACUGAAAUAGACAUGGAUGGGACUCUCAAUGGUUUGGAGGAGGUGAUGAAAACCACCAAGAUUAUCAUCGGCUGCUUUGUGGCCAUCACUCUUAUGGCGGCUGUCAUGCUCAUAAUAUUCUACAAGAUGCGCAAGCAGCACCACCAGCAGGAUCACGAUGGGCCGGCCCGCACCAUUGAGAUCAUUAACGUAGAUGAGGAGCUGACAAGGGUUCCAGCUAUGGAGAGUCACCUGACUCUUCCACCCCUGGAGCAUGAGCAUUACAACCACUAUAAUUCGUACAAAACUGCUUAUAAUCACAUGCACACUCUCAGCUCGUUGCAUAGUUCAGUGCAUGAACCUUUACUAAUUCAAGCCAGCUCAAAGGAUAACGUACAGGAGACGCAAAUUUGAUGCUUUGAGUUGGAUGUACUAAACUGUACAGAUGUUGGUCGCGAACAUGCUGUCAUAAAUUGAGGCAGCAGCUUGGAAGACAUUCAGAAGUGUCAUUGAGAGUCUGGAUGUAUGUAUUAUUUUAACAAGUGUCUUUACAAAUCUUAUUUAUUAAAGAUAUGUGAAGUGACUGAAUCAUAAGCCACAAGAUUUUAGCAUUUCUGUUCAUUGCAUUUAUUUUCAAAUGGAGGAAUGAAUGGUUUUCUUUAAUUUGUUGGUGAAAUUAAGAUCAACUUCCAUGUUUAUGAGAGUAAUGAGACAACAGUUCUUUUAUUUUUUUCAUUUUGGCAGAUUAUAUCACUUUGCUCAAACAUGUUUUUGUUUUCGGAGAAACUGAAACCUUUAAACAAAGACUGGCCAAUAAAAAAUGGAUGUCAAACUGAAUGGAGCAAUUUAGAUAUGAAUGGCAGGCCUGAUGGAUGCAGCUGCUCUAGUGAGGUUUACAAAACAAGCAAAGCCUUCAUUGUCAGGGCCUGGAAACUGGAAAUAUUUCUAGUUCUUUUAAAAGUCCCACCUUAAAAUGUUACUCAAUAAUCCAUCAAAUGUUGCCAUCUGCUAGGUUAUCAAGUACAAAACCAUAUACCAAGAUAUACAGUAAAGGGCACUUAUAAUUGGGACACAAAGUACCCAGAAAGAAUACACACAUUUUUUCUGCCCAGAUUUUAAAAUAAAAAGCAUGCUGUGGAUUGAACUAUGUUUCAGCCCUACCAAAUUAACAUUUAUAGGGGCAGUUUCCCGGACAGGGUUUAGAUUAAUCCAGGACUAGGGCUUAGUUAUAUCUUAGUAGUUUUUACAAACAUACUUUACAAAAAACAUUACUGGUGUGCAUCUUUAGACAAAACAUUAGUACUGGUAUAUGUGCAGAUAUAUUAGUGCAAGUAGUUUUUUUUUUAUUAAGUCAACUCAAACAUGCAUUUUAGUCUGGGACUAGGAUAAGCCCUGUCCAGGAAACCGCACCAUAAUGUUAGUAAUGAGUCACGCAUGUUUAAACGAAUUUUAAUUUAAUGUAAAUUUACACAUUGAUAUUAUAACUAAAAAGUUGACAUUAUCAAAGUAUGUUGUAGGCACAUUAAUUCUGUUCAUUUCCACAAAUAUUCAAUUUUCUUUAAUUUAGUUGUCUUUGAUAAGCUCUUACAUUGAUUAUAAUUCACUGUUUUUAUCCUAAUACCAUGUAAUUUAACAUUUGCUUUAGCCAAAUUAUAAAACAAAUCAUAUUUUAAUGGAAGUCACACUCUUCAUCGCAUUGCCAAAUUUUUAUAACAAUAUCUUUAAGAAUUUUUUAUCUCAGUGAUAGUAACUAAUGGGGCGGAGCCUAGCAAAAAUUAUAGAUACCAUACAUUUAAGUUAAGUAAAAUGUGAGCUUUAUAAAUCUGUCAGUGACAACAACAUAUUGAUAAAAACAUUAAUGAUACAUCAUUGCACAUCUAAACUGUACAAUAAUUGCCACAUUGAAACCUUUAUGUGACAUUAGGCCAAAAACACUGAAAUAUAGUAUUUUCAUGGCAUGCAGGAGCAGAAAUAACCCAGAAAUGUUUAUUGUUUAUCUGAGAGCUGCAUUGUUUUGAGCAGAUGUGAUUUGUAAACCACUGGUUUAUAUUGUGAAUGUGCACAUUGUAUGUGUGUCUCUUUGUGUGUCUACCAUGUACCAUCAGGCCUAUUAUUUUACCAUCCUCAACCAAAUUGUGUAUUUAUUUUGUUGUGAGUAUUAUUUUGUAUUAUUUUUUGCUUGUGCAUACCUCUCUUAAAGGGAUAGUUCACCCAAAAAUAAAAAUCCUGUCAUCAUUUACCCACUC